GAAAGCAAAUAAAUGGAAGAGUUUAAUACUGUGGGACGUUUCCGAGCAUACUGAACAAAUAUCAUUGUUGUAACAUUAAAAUAAACUCAAAAGAAUUAAUUAAUUGUGCCGUAAAAGACAUAAUUGAAAUAUUAUUGAUUUACCUCGAAGAUGACUUUGGACGACAUACAAACAAACAAAACGACCACGCCACGCAAUCAAGGCCAUGGCUCACAAAUAGAUAAAACAGCCCGUCAACGGAAUCGAUUAGCAGCUGCCAGCCCGCUCACUAACAACAUUGUUGAAAACCAGGAACAAAUGGGGAAACAGAACGACAUAACUAUAUCUUUCUUACGAGCAUCUCGUAGUGGGAAUUUAAAGAAAGUUGUAGAAUUUUUAGAGUCAGGACAAAUUACGGAUAUAAAUACAUGUAAUGCGAAUGGUUUAAAUGCCCUACAUUUAGCAGCUAAAGAUGGUUAUAUAGAUAUUGUAACUGAAUUAUUAAAACGUGGCAUUAAAGUGGACAAUGCUACAAAAAAAGGUAAUACCGCCUUACAUAUAGCUUCACUAGCGGGUCAAAAGGAUGUAAUUAAGCUUUUAAUACAAUUUGGUGCCAAUGUUAACGUACAGUCAUUGAACGGAUUCACACCACUUUAUAUGGCAGCUCAAGAGAAUCAUGAUGCCUGUGUACGCUUUUUGUUAUCAAAAGGUUCCAACCCAUCUUUAGCUACAGAGGAUGGCUUCACUCCUCUUGCAGUAGCUAUGCAACAAGGUAAUGACAAUGUCGUUUGCGUUUUGCUCGAAAGCGAUAUACAUGGGAAAGUGCGAUUACCAGCCUUACAUAUAGCUGCCAAGAAGAACGACGUUAACAGCGCGGCCAUGCUUUUGCAACAGGAAGAGCAUCCCGAUGUUGUUUCGAAAUCAGGAUUCACCCCAUUGCAUAUUGCGGCUCAUUAUGGUAAUAUAGAUAUUGCUGAAUUACUUAUUAACAAAGGGGCCGACGUUAACUAUACCGCGAAACAUAAUAUUACUCCAUUGCAUGUGGCUUGUAAAUGGGGUAAAAUCAAUAUACUGAAGCUCUUAUUGAAGAAAAAUGCACGUAUCGACGUCACUACUCGUGAUGGUUUAACACCAUUACAUUGCGCCGCUCGUUCCGGCCAUGUUGAAGUCAUUGAAACGCUACUGGCGCACAAUGCUUCGAUAGUCUCGAAAACCAAGAACGGCUUAGCUGCCUUACAUAUGGCUGCCCAAGGUGAGCAUGAUUUGGCGGCUCGUAUGUUGUUAGAUAACAAGGCGCCCGUUGACGCUAUUACCAUUGAUUAUUUGACUGCACUUCACGUAGCAGCGCAUUGUGGGCAUGUGCGCGUAGCUAAAUUAUUGUUGGACUACGAGGCUGAUCCUAACGCUAGAGCAUUGAACGGAUUUACGCCAUUACAUAUCGCCUGUAAGAAAAAUCGGAUUAGAAUCGUUGAACUAUUAUUAAAACACGGAGCGAAUAUUAAUACCACAACGGAGUCGGGGCUAACUCCACUUCACGUAGCCAGUUUUAUGGGUUGCAUGAAUAUUGUCAUUUAUUUAUUGCAGAACGAUGCUAAUGCUGAUGCGCCUACAAUACGCGGUGAAACUUCGCUACAUUUAGCUGCUCGAGCCAACCAAACCGAUAUUAUACGUAUAUUGCUGCGGAAUGGAGGCAAAGUUGACGCCCGGGCGCGCGAGAGUCAAACACCUUUACAUGUUGCAUGUCGCCUGGGCAAUAUCGACAUUAUUUUACUACUGCUGGAACACGGUGCCGAUAUUAAUGCUUUCGCCAAAGAUAAUUAUACAGCUUUGCAUAUAGCGACUAAAGAAGGUCAAGAGGAAGUUGUUCAAUUGCUGAUUGAUAAUGGCGCUCAAUUUGAUGCAAUGACUCGUAAGGGUUUUACUCCAUUACACUUGGCUGCCAAAUAUGGAAAGGAAAACAUUGUAGCUAAUUUGCUUCAGAAAGGAGUUGCUGUAAAUUGUCAAGGACGUAAUGAAGUUACACCUUUACAUGUAGCCGCUCACUACAAUCAUCCUCACGUAGUUCAACUGCUGUUGAAAAACGAUGCCUCACCACUGCUCUGCGCCCGCAAUGGUCAUUCUGCAUUGCAUAUUGCAGCACGUAAAAACGAGAUGGAAAUAGUUCAGGUUUUACUUCAAUGCGGGGCUGAUGUUAAUGUACGCAGCAAAUCAGGUUUUACGCCUUUGCAUAUAGCUGCUCAAGAAGGCAACACCGAUGUGUUGAAUCUGUUGUUAGGGCACAGUGCUGACGCAAAUGCAACUGCCAAAAACGGUCUAACCGCUCUGCAUUUGGCUGCUCAAGAUGAUAAGAUAGAAGUGGCUGGCAUUUUACUAAAGCAUGCGGCCAACAUAUCAGCGUGCACUAAAACUGGAUAUUCACCACUGCACUUUGCCAGUCAUUAUGGUCAAAUCAAUAUGGUAAAAUUCCUUCUUGAAAACAAUGCCAAUAUCGAGAUAACGACGAAUAUUGGUUACACCCCCUUACACCAGGCCGCUCAGCAAGGACACAUAAUGAUUAUUAAUUUGUUAUUGAGCUACCAGGCUAAUCCUAACGCCGUCACCCACCACGGACAAACAGCUCUAAGUAUUGCCAACAACUUGGGCUACAUUACGGCAGUGGAAAUCUUGAAGCUGAUAACGGAGACUUCAAUCGAAAACACGUUGAAGGGUGCGAUGGAGCAAAAGUACAAAAUUUUUGCUCCAGAAUUAAUGCAAGAAGUAUUUAUGUCAGAUUCCGAAGAUGAAGCUGACGCGGAGCAUUUGGAUUAUUAUCAGUACAAAUAUAUGGCAAGCGAAGAUUUAAAAAAUAUCAGUAAUCAUGAAAAUCGCAACGACGACGCCGCAGCAGCUGAUGACCAGGAUCUCGUGGACACUACUGACGCAGCCAGCAAUAAAGCAAAUAUUAGCGAUUCCGAUAUCGUUCCAAUGUCGACAAAUUACGGCCACUUAAAAUCCAUUAAUGUGACCUCCCGACCGCCUGUGCAUUUAGGGUUCUUGGUCUCUUUUAUGGUUGACGCUCGUGGUGGUUCUAUGCGUGGAUGCCGCCAUAGUGGAGUCCGUAUUGUGGUUCCCCCUCAAUCGUGCGCUCAGCCUACGCGUAUUACUUGCCGCUACGUUAAGCAUCAACGUGUGCACAUCCCUCCUCCAUUAAUGGAAGGUGAAGCUUUAAUUAGCCGAAUUUUGGAAUUAUCACCGGUUGAAGCAACAUUUCUCGGACCCGUGAUUUUGGAAGUUCCUCAUUUCGGUUCCUUGCGAGGCAAGGAACGAGAAAUUAUUAUCUUACGUUCAGACAAUGGUGAAAGUUGGCGUGAGCACAUACUCAAUGACAAUGAAAGGAAUGUAAUGGAGAUGCAUAAUGAAGCAUUCAAAGGACAACCAAAUCCUUUAGAAUACUUGCAUACAAAUCGCAUUGUUCAUAUUAUAACACGUGAUUUCCCGCACUUCUUUGCCAUAGUCUCCCGUGUACGACAAGAGGUACAUGUUAUUGGACCAGAUGGUGGUAUUGUCUCGGCGCAAGCUGUACCACAAGUUCAGGCGAUAUUUCCACCCAAUGCAUUGACGAAGAAAAUUCGCGUCGGUCUUCAGGCACAACCAGUUAAUCUAAAUGGAUGCUAUAAGUUCUUGGGCCAAAGUAUUGCCGUUUCGCCAGUGGUGACAGUGGAGCCACGUCGGCGCAAAUUCCAUAAAGCAAUCACCCUCAGCAUACCAUUUCCUAAGGCCUGGACGCAAACCAUGAUUAAUUCUCCCUACAGUUGUAGUGCGUCUACUUUACGCCUUUUAUGCUCUAUAACUGGUGGCCAGAACCGUGCUAUUUGGGAGGAUGUUACAGGCUCAACGCCCCUAGCAUUUGUUAAAGACAGUGUCACCUUUACCACCACAGUAUCCGCCCGCUUCUGGCUAAUGGAUUGUCAGAAUGUCGUUGAAUCUAGCCGUUUGGCGACUGAAUUGUACACGUUCAUCGCUCAAGUGCCUUUUUUUGCUAAAUUUGUUAUAUUUGCGAAACGCAUGUCUAUCUAUGAUGCUAAAUUAUCGAUAUUUUGCAUGACGGAUGAUAAAGAAGGCAAGACGUUAGAACAGCAAGACAAUUUCUCUGAAGUGGCAAAAAGUCGUGACGUUGAAGUGCUGGAGAACCAGAAAGUUUAUUUAGAAUUUAAUGGCAAUUUGGUGCCAGUUUUAAAGCCAGGUGAACAAUUUAGCAUGAAAUUUCAGGCUUUUCGAGAAAAUCGGCUUUCCUUUAUGGUACAUAUAAAAAACCCUGAUGAACCUCACAGUCGUAUAACUUUUAGGAAUGAGCCCAAAGUCGGCCCGGGAGAAAAAUUAAGCCAAGCAAUUUGCACAUUAAACUUGACGCUUGAGAGUCAGAAUAUUGUUGAAGGUAGAAAGCAAGAUGGCACUGGAAGGGUUGAAAACUCUAUCAAUGGAAUUUCUUUUGUUGAUAAAGGUCUUACGCAGAGGAACAAAAUUAACGCUAAAUAUAAUAUCAAGCAACAGCAGGCUUUGAUUAAUAGGACUUACUCGAAAGAGGUGACAUUGACGACAAAUAGGCCAUUAAAAUCCAGUAGUCAAACAUACACACACCAGCAAUAUGUCCAUGAAGACGACAGAGACUUAUUGAGUAUUUGCCAAUUAUUGCAGAACGAUUGGUUAUCGCUAGCGAAAGAAUUGGGUGUACCUGAGAUCGAUAUGGAGCUCAUCAAUGCAGAAUACGAAGAAGCGUCACAUCGUGCUAUGGCCGUGCUACAUCUUUGGUUUCGUCAAAACGCCGCAAAUACCAUUUCAUUACAACAUGCUCUUCAAAAAAUUGGACGUGCAGACGUUGUUGAAAAGUGUAUCAGCAAUGUAAAACUAAUUACCGAUGAUAACGUAGGGUUUUACUUUGAAAAGCCAAUCCUUGCAGCGCUUUCAAAAAGCAAUACGGACCACAAUUACAAAACAAACGAGCUGCAACCGACUGAAGUCUUAAAAGAACAGACAAUCGGCGAUGUUCAGACAAGUCAAAGUACAAGCGAGGAAAACCUACGAAUUUUAUAUGUCAAUAACAACCUGAAAAACUACACGCCUAAAAUAAACAACGUGGUAUCAAACAAUGGAACGUAUACUCAUAAAGCAGUAUUUUGUAGCAAGGAAACGAUACGCCGUAUUGCUGAGGAACAUACUGAACGAGUACUGGAAGAAGCUCGACAGAACAUUGAAAGCAACGAUUUUUUGGCAAGAUUCCUUCAAUAUAGUGACGAAUCCGCUGGGGACAAUCAAUCUCGUAGUACUACAAUCACUUGCUUUCCCUUUUACCCGCAGGUAUACGUGGCUUUGUGAGCAGGCUCGUGACCACCGUGGUGCUUUAAGUUAGACCAUAAAGCCUUUAGCUUACUUUACGCAACUGAACAGAGUCAGACCACUCUUGCCUUCGGAUUAACCAUAAAAUCCCAGCUAGCCAAAACCGGACUACCCUUCAUCAAGAUAUUUUAGCUUCGGGCGUUGAACUGACAUGGCGGGCGAGCUACCAUGCACCCAACCUGUACGUAUUUUUACGUAACCAGUGACCAGCUGGCUUUGGGUUAGAAUUUCCUCUGUAGUAAUUAGCUUAUUGAGUAAAGAGUUCAUUUUCCGGUGGACCCCUAAGCCAUCUUUCAGAAAACUCGUCGCCAAGUUAUAAGUAGUCCACGCCUUAAAUCCUUCUUCGUCGGCAAAAGCCGUUUCCGGGGAUCACCACAAGGAGGUAAGGGUUUCGGCACGUUUAUGUCACCCCUGGCGUAGGGGUAGAGUCGUUGUACCCUGUAAUAAAGUAUACCCGAUGAGAACGGUAUCCGCGAAGCUACAACAUUUAAACAGAUUUCCUUUUAAUAUCAGCUGCUCGAAAAUUUGAGGAUAUUAUCGCUCUAUUCUAUAACAUUCUAACAACCUUGUUUUUAAUUAUUAUUGCGCUAUACUAAAAAUAAUAAAUAAUUGGUCUAUAACAUAAAUAUAUGAAAUGAAAAAUCCUGGACGAGCCUGCGAUGACUUGACUAAUCUAAUAAAACGUCUUUGUAAUUCCAUCUUUUACAAUGUUUUAAUGAACGUGUUAUAAUGUUUUUAUUAUAUUUUUAUAACUUCUUAAAUAAUACUUAAUACUUUUAUUUUUAAACGCGUUAUAUACAAUUACAAUGGUUUUGCUUUGGAAGGAAAAGGUCAAGUUACAUACUCGUAAUGUACAGGCAUAGUGCACAAAACAACACAAAAUAGGCGAACAGCACACGAACGUAUGUUUCUUCAAUUCUUUUUUAGCUGAGUUAAAGCAGACCUGCAUAACAACAAUGACAUAACUGUAAUUAUUUUCGUUUUAUUUGCUUCUUUGGAACACAACCGAGGGAGAGAAUUACCCUUUGUGUUCAAAUAAAAAUCGUUUAAGAAAUGAGAAUGGAAAGCAAAAUAGUCUAAGCGUCUUUGUUAAGAUGUCUGUAUAACGUUGAUCAACCCCAACACAUAAAUUUGCUUUGACACUCAUUUCCACACUUUUUAUUUUUUAAUCUUCCUUCAGUCACUUGAAGGAAAAAUGCGAAAUUAAGCAAAAUAGUUAAACAAUGUAUCACAAUCGAUUCACUGUAACGCCACAAUUUUAUUAUGUAAUUGUAAUAAAAUAAGUGGAUGUUCUUAAUAAACCAUCUUAAAAAAAAAAAAGUCAAAAAGUAUUUAAACGAAAAUUGGAGAGCCAACAUGUGAAAUGUUUUCCAAUUUGUAGUUCUGCUCGUUUUAAAAUACGGAUAUAUAUUGUCGUUUAGGUUUAUAUGACCUAAAUAAACCUAGGUUUAAUUAUUUAUUUCGUUUUUCUUCUUUUUUUGAAGUGGAUAAAGCAUUUGGUUUAAAAAGGCAAACUUAAUUUGUUUUAAAAAAUGUUAAGGGUAAAAGAACAUUUCUUAUAUUUAAAUUCAGUUUAUUAACAAAUCAUUUGCAGAUAAUCAGUUAGAGAACAGAUGAAAAGAGAUAAAAAUAAAGCUAAUAAGGACACAAACAUGGACCACAGCCCAUAAUUAAAUACCCUACCCCAGUAUACAGUUAUUCAUGUAAGCAAUUUUCAUAAAA